GUCGUCAAGACGAAAGCGCCCGCGGUCCUCCGGCUCGUGUUCCACGACGCCGGCACCUACCGCCGCGGCCUCGGACCAGUUCUCGCGACGAUGGACGCGUUGCGAGACACGCCCGCGGCGGCGGCGUCGCUCGCGGACGUGAUCGCCGCCGCGGGCGCGUACGCGGUCGAGCUGACCGGCGGGCCGAUCAUUCGCGUCCGGCUCGGUCGCGUCGACGCGGUGAGCGCGGACCCCGAGAACCGGAUGCCCGCGGAUACGCUGACCGGGGAGGAGCAGCGCGCGCACUUCGUGCGCGCGGGGUUCUCGACGAGAGAGAUGGUCGCAAUCGCGGGCGCGCACACGAUCGGCGGGAAAGGGUUCGGCGAGCCGUACGUCUUCGAUAACGAGUACUACAAGACGCUGCUCGCGCGGCCUCUGGAGUACGUGCGGAAAUACGCGGAGGACCAGGGGUUGUUCUUCGAGGACUUCGGCGCGGCGUAUCUCAAGCUCACGGAGCAAGGGGCGACGUGG